AUGGAGCUUCGACACCCAUUUAACCUUCCUGCAGAGCUCGUUCUCAUGAUACUCGAUCACUUAUCACUACUUGACUAUUUCAGUAUUUCUGGGGUGUCAUUGCAAGCACGAAGCUUCGUCCUGCCGACACUGCACGCGCUGACCCCGGAAGACAGGCUGCACGCGCUGAAAAGAGCAACAGAAGAUGAUCACCACGGCGCAAUCCUGGUACUUUUAUCCAUCCUUGACUGCGAGAUAACCGAGCCAGAACACAAAUUCUUUAUUCUACGAACUCUAUUCAGAAGCAGCUACACCAAAGCCAUGGGGACAUGGCUCAACGAUCUGGCGCCCAGUCCACCAACCGACCACGAAUGGCGAAAAGAGGCGAACUGGAAAGAAACUUUCAUGAGAAGCAACAGAACUGAAGCUCUAGAUACUUGCCUUCGAAUAUUGCUCUCCGCUAUCUGCCCUUAUCGACUACGGAUUCGACGACUCCGUCAUAGAUAUAUCGCCCUCGCUGUCAAAAACCGUGGCAAGCCUGCUGGCUCACAGCGCAGACACGGACCUGGUCAGUAA